AUGAGGGAGAAGAUUGAGGCAGGGCUGGUAGAGGAUUACAUGCUGGCAGUCGACGAAGUCGUCCGUAUGACGACUGUCACAUAUGAAGUACCGCCGCCGACGAAAAGUAAUGCGUUCGAGUUUUGGCUAGCACGCUGCGCCCUGGAGCACUUGAGCGGGAAAGCGACAUUCGGCCUACAAUUGAAUAACGGCCCUCCGUCCAUUCGAAUCAUGCAUCCUGCAUUAAAACUAGCAUUUGAGGCCGCGUAUCCAGCAACACAUGCAGACCACCGGGAUCUCAACGACGUCGACUUUUGGUCAUUCUUCCAGGAAUGCAUUGGCGAAGAGACCUUCACUCGGUUAUCCGGCGAGAUAGAGAAGAAGAUAUCGGAAUUGGUUUCCACAGAGGCCUUCACAGGCCACUUUGAAGCUGCACGGGAAAAAAUGCAGCUGCCCGCCUCUUCUCCGCUCUUGCAAAGUGUUGCUGGCGGUGAUAGUGAUGGUGAUCGCGGAGCUCAAGAUACGGAAGAGACACUUCAGAAGAGCCCCUCUUUUCGGGCCUUCCAUAACGUGGCGGAGAUUUGUGAUGUUCUAAAGUGGAUGUUCGAGGAACGACAGGACAUCUUGGCGACUUUUGUGCGGCAGAUCAGCAUACCUGCGGAAAGCACGAGGGCGCAGGUUGUUCGGCUGCGCGCCAGACGAGUGUCAUGGGUCCGGUUGGAUUGA